GUGCGCCCAUCUGACUGUCAGCCGUUCGGACUAUUGUUGUUUUGAUUGUUGCUGCUCGGUUCGCCAGCCAAUUUCCUCUCCUGUGAUAACAACCGCGGCCACGCCACAAAAAAAAACCUUCCCGCUCUCUCCCACUAGCCUCCCCAACACCCCUCCAGCGGUGCCACCCUCCGUGAGAGGAAGGUACACGAUGCCCCGGAACGUGGCCCCAGCGAAAAAGCAAAGCAAACGAGUCCAGCCCGCACCGAACGCCGUACAGCCGGGCCACCGUCGAUAAGCGGGACGCCAUCGUCUUUGAAGUGUGCGGAUUGGCCACACCCCCCCCCCCCCACCCUCGAGUUCCCCAAGACUCAUUUACAAAUCAAGAGUAGCUUCCCACUUUCCCAUUCCUCACGACACGAGCGACCGUACGAUGGUGGUGGCGGUGGUGCGGUAGCGCGCAGUUUCUCGUCCACGGAGUGGUGGUGCGGCGUGUGAUUGUAUUCUCGUCCCUGCGCUCCCCCGCCCGAUCUGACCGAUGCGUUUGGCAAACGUCUCUGCCGCCCGCUUUCCCGCUGCCCGGUGCAGCAGCCGGUGCCGAUGUGUGAUAGAUUGUGCAUUCCGUAGUUGUUUUAUUUGUGUAGCUUCGAGUUAAAAGUAGCCACCAUUCUUCGCCAAGACUGUUUACUUCCUGCCCCACCCCCUCCCCCCCUCCAUAUCCAAUUUGGUGCCAAAUUAACCGGGCUCGAACUGUAGGCCGCCCGUCACGCGUGCACGCGUGCGCUUCCCCGAUGAGCCAGCUGUCCAGCAUUGCCACGUGUUUCGGGCACGUGGUGCUUGCGGCCGUUACCGGCUGGUCGCUCAAGUACCUGCCCGGGCCGACCGGUGCGCCCGGCGGGCCGCCGGCCGUCUGGCUGAUGCUCUGGUGCCUGCUGGCGUACAGUGCGCUCGGCAUCGUGCGCUACAGCCAUCCGCAGCCCGGCAAAGCGCUGCGGCUGCUGUACGACCAGGCGGCACUGGUCGCCCGGGUCGGCCCGUUGCCGCUGCUGAACGCGCAGCUCUACCUCGAGCCGGACCAGACGCUUGACCCGGCCCUGCCGUACCGGACCGGGCUCGGGUACGCCCUGCCGCUCACCGCCCUGGUCGCGUACGGCGUGUGCAACCUGCUGCGCGAUCUGAACCGGCGCCACAUCGGCGAGCACACGGCGACCGGCGUGCUGCUGCUGAAUGCCGCCGGUCUCGCCCUGGCCGCGUCCAGCACGGACAACUACUGGGCGAUGGGGCUGGUCGUGUCGUUCGUCUCGAAGCACUUCCUGCUGCCCGUGCUGGCCGACCGGUACCGCAUCCCGCCCGCCCUGCUGUACACGUACGGGCUGUGCUUUUACGAGAUCUUCGCCGUGAAUGCGGUGGCCGAUGUGCGUGCCGCCACGAUAUCGGUGAUCAUGUAGGGUCGAAAAAGUCAACAAACAAACACGCGCUUACCAAGCGCGGCCAUUAUUACACAACGGCACCAGUUUACCCCUUUUCCCCUAGCCUUACAGGCCUAUCAUAUUGCGUUCGAGCUUCACUAGAACGUUCUUUUUUGUUCACUGUGCUUUCCCGCCGGCAGAAUCAAGCAGAUUAAAGGUUAAGACUGGUAUCAAUAGCUGCCGGAAACACGUAAAUUCAUCCAAUUUGAAUUUCAACCAAUUAAUUCAAUUGUAAGCGCUGCCUACGUUCGUAAUUAUUCUCAACACUUUCAUCACCCGCACUUAACCUGUUUGAAAAAUUGAUUUAUUGAUUUCAAGGCAGUGCUCAAUCAGCUUGUUUACACUUACACCGCCCGCCGGUUGCUUCGAAGCACCACCUGUCGCUGGAGCAAGAACGAAAAAGUCGACGAAGCCGGCGAAUACGAUGCCAAUUUGUCUCCCGUUCGAUUCGUGUGCUUCCGUGUAUGAUAGAUGUGUAAGGGCAGGGAACGAUGUUUUAUAUACAAACACACACACACGUGCAUAUAUUUUCCAGCCGUAAAGAUGUUCCGGACAAGGAAACAUUGCGCUUUGCGCACACACAAAGAGAGAGAGAGGACAGAGUAACGAUGUACAAGGGCUUACGACUUACGAGCUAUGCUAUUCAUAUACAUUCUAGAUAGUGGUACAAUUUUUGUAACAAUGUAACGUUUCUUACCUUUCCAGUGUUAAAGCGUGUUAAAGCAAAGGUCGAAAGCGAGGAGAGACCAGAGGUUUUUCAUACCUUUUUACAAAAUAGACACUUCGCAAUCGAAGUGUAAACUACUGAUACCGGAACGCACAUCGCCAUAUCAUCGUUACAUCACACCAGUUAGGGAAAUGGAUUAUCUUUUUGUUUUUUUUAUGAAGAUAGUUAAUAACGUUCAGGCAGCAGAGGUAAAGUGAAAUGUUAACAUUUAUCAAAUGGUCCAUUACAAGUAGCAGUAAGAAAUCGUUUAUGCGUAUUAUGCUAGCUAUCAUUAAUUAACACGUAUGGAAACAGGAUUUGGUGCAAUCAGGAGUUUUUUUUUCGUUUUUGUUUUAAGCUGAUGUUUCUACUAUUCAUAUAUACAUGUACCAGUAAGUUAGGGCGAAUUAUUGUCUAGAAAUUUAUACAAUCAUAUGCAACACGUGCGUAGCAUGACCGCAAACUACUAAACAUGGCAUUCGCUAGCCACGACAAAAGUACGCUAAAAAUUCCAUUUGCUACGGGCUUGGCUUGCUAAAAAACCUUUCGCUGCUGCUAAUCGUAAGAAAUGGGUAACAAGGAAAAAAGACAUGACUCAGAUAAAAGACAUCUUCCACGGCAACGCCUGGUGCAAAUCGCUCGCUGAAAAAAAGGGUUUCAUAACAUUAUAUACAGGUAUUUAGAGGAGAACAAAACAAACAUUCGGUACAAUUUUUGUAACAUGCACAAGAGCUGCGCGACCACCAGGGAAAUACGCGCAGCGAGCGCAGGGAAAUAUCGAUAAAGAGAGGAAUAUGUUUUGAUAUGUGUAUGAGUCGAUGUAUUGUUAACGUCUGUUAUUAAUGUACGGUUUGAAAUAUAUAUAUUUACAAUCAAACAUUACUAGCGGCCGUAGAAGAUUUGGAAUAUCCGAUUGCUUUUAGGGACGAAGAAAAAGAGGAAAUUUGAAAAAAAAAUUGCUAGCAAGGGUAAAGGCCAGCGAUGUCAAACUCAUUUCGGGCCGUAGCCAAUUU